AGGACCGAGGGGUCAAGACAUGGUUUGAACCCCUCAAGGUCAGGCUGGAGUACAGUUUGAGAAGGCAGGUGGUUCCAAAACACGACAGUAUUAGGGAAGAAGGAGUAUUCGAAGUAAUUUGCUUCAGUAUGGACUUGACGGAAGGAGAAUUCCAGCAGACUUAAAGAAUGAAACUUCUAAACUCUGUGCCAAAUGUGACAUGGAGCGUGCUGAAACAUACGCUGAUCAACGUGCAGCAACUUCGUAACCUGUGUGUUCCAGCUUCACUGUAUGAAAAGACUGGAAAAUGGGCUUUUAGGUUGAAUAAAGAACAAAUAUUGGAGAUAGAAGAAAUCUGGAAAGAGAGGCUUCACAAGUAUGACAUACAGAAAAAUUGUGAACAGACAGAGGGUGAAGGUGAGAAGUUUUACGUCCUUUCAAUGUUUCCGUACCCUAGUGGUAAGCUGCACAUGGGUCAUGUGCGUGUUUACACCAUCAGUGAUGUUGUGGCCAGGUACCAUAGGAUGCUUGGACAUAAGGUGAUUCACCCAAUGGGUUGGGAUGCCUUUGGUUUGCCAGCAGAAAAUGCUGCAAUAGAGAGAGACUUGCAUCCUCGAGACUGGACUUACAGCAAUAUCUCCACAAUGAAAGAACAGUUGAAGAACCUGUGUUGUGCUUUUGAUUGGGAACGGGAGGUGACGACUUGCGACCCGUCCUACUACAAGUGGACACAGUAUAUAUUUCUGAAGAUGUAUGAAGCAGGACUAGUUUAUCAGAAACAGGCCAUUGUGAACUGGGAUCCAAUAGACGAAACAGUAUUGGCUGAUGAACAGGUGGAUGAAGAGGGACACUCGUGGAGAUCGGGGGCCAAAGUGGAACAACGUUACCUCAAACAGUGGUAUAUUAAAACCACUGCGUAUGCACAGUCUCUGUUAGAUGGAUUACACACAGUGAGGUCUGACUUGUGGAAAAAUGUUAUAAACAUGCAGAAAACAUGGAUAGGGGAAUGCACAGGGUGCAGAUUAGAUUUUGCAUUGAAGUGGGACGGAGAAGAUUUUGAGGAACCUAUCUCUGUGUUUACAGAUAUACCAGAGGCUGUGUUUGGUAUCUCACACGUGGCUUUAUCUACCAGUCACAGAUAUAACCAAGAAAAAUACUACUGUAAGAAAGUAGAGUCAUCAGAUGCACAAGGAGAAAUAUUGUUGAACAUCCAAGCCAUACAUCCACUGACAGGCGAGACUGUACCAGUGGUUGUCUCGAAAAUGUCGGAAGAAUCCAUGGAGAGCAAUGACAGCUUGUUAGGUAUUCCAUGUGAAUCUGAAACUGACAGAAAAGUGGCAGACAUGCAUGGUUUCUCAUGGAGACAGGUUUUUUCAGGAGCCAGUGAUAACCAGGUGUUGGUUAAUUCUCAUCCAAUUGUGGAUGGAUUAAAGAGAAAAGAUGCUGCUGAGAAAAUUAUGUCAACAGCAAGGGAUAAAGGCAUAGGAGGUGAUCCUAUGAGUUCCCACCUCAAGGAUUGGUUAAUAUCACGACAGAGAUACUGGGGUACACCGAUACCUGUGAUACACUGCGAUAAAUGUAAGGCUGUACCAGUACCACUAGAGGAUUUACCUGUUGUUUUACCUGAUGCAACGAAGCCGAGUGUUGGUAAGGGUCGGUCAGUAUUAGAGCAAGAUGUACAAUGGCUCAAUGUAAAAUGCCCAAAAUGUGGCGGACCAGCAAAGCGGGAGACGGACACUAUGGACACAUUCGUUGACUCGUCAUGGUAUUUCCUGCGAUAUUUGGAUCACGCCAAUGAGGACGUUCCAGUGUCACGAGAAAUGGCAGAGAAAAACAUGCCAGUAGAUCUAUACAUCGGAGGCUUAGAACAUGCACUGCUCCAUCUCUAUUAUGCUCGGUUCUUCAGUCACUUCCUAUGUGAUCAGGGUAUGUCAUGUCAUAGAGAGCCGUUUGUGAACCUUCUUACACAGGGAAUGGUGAAAGGAGAAAGCUACAGAGUACAGAAAACUGGAAUGUACCUAAAACCCAGUGAAGUUGAAAAAGUUGAUGGCAAGUAUGUACAGAAGGGUACAGGGGAGAAACUGAUAGUAAAAUAUGAGAAAAUGUCCAAGUCAAAACACAAUGGCAUAGAUCCAGAGGAACUAUUUAAAGAAUUUGGCGCAGACAUGACUCGUUUGUGUAUCCUUUCAAAUGUGACCCCACAGUCGGAUCGAAACUGGAAUAAUGAUGUGUUUGCUGGUGUGCAGAAAUGGUUACACAGGGUCUGGACUCUGGUUGGAGUCCUUGUUGAAACUCCAAACAUAGAACAACCUGCCACACAGGAACAUAUCACUGAGUGGGAUAGGAGAAUAAAGGCAUUCAGAAAUAAGUAUCUAUUAGAGAUUAGGUACUCCUUGAACAAAACCUUCAUGUUCAACACUGCCAUCUCCAGAAUGCAUGAAAUUACCAGUCUUCUCAAGAAAGUUCCAGUUGAAGUAGCCUGUGAGAGUAAGGAAUAUGAGGGAACUGUGAAAGAUCUUGUCACUAUGAUUGCCCCCUUUGCUCCAAUGUUUAGUUCCGAAUGCUGGGCAGGACUUAAGCAGCCAGGUCAUGUGUUGGAUCAGAAGUGGCCAGAAGUCGAUGCAGAUACUCCAUUGAAAUUAAAUGUCUUUUGUAAUGACAACCAGAUUGGAAUUAUUGAAAUGGAACCUUCAGAAUUAAAGAAAUUGACAAAGAGUGUAGCACUAACACUGUCACAACAGCAGCCAUUUUACCGAGAUAAAAUCGGUGAACAUAAAUUGGAGGGGAUCUCUCUUGCUGUAAAUGAGGACUGGAAUGCUAUUUUCAUGUUGGAUGUUCCGAGUCUUCUCGAUGAGAAAGAACAGAAGAAAAACAAAAAAGGAAAGAAGAAUAAGAAAUUAGUGUGGUUUGCAGAUUUUUGAUGUAAGAUUAGGAUAGUUUAUUUAUUUAGGUUAGUGUGUAAGAGUUUCUGGUGUUCAGAGGAAAAUUACAGUAAGUCUUUCUUUUAAGCCAAGUACUGUUUUUAGUUAAGCUAUUGUUUUGUACAGUUUUUGCAUGUUUUUUUUUUUAAAGUAUACUGAGAAAUCAUUAUUACUAAAUUGGGACCAAUUUUUAAGGAUUUUAUGGUGGUGUCUAUCCAUGAAAUUAAAUCUCCACAAAUAAAAUUCCAAUAUUGUGGUUAGAAUCAAUUAAAAUAUUUCCUGUUGAAAUUUAGUGCAAUCAGAAGAAAAAGAUUUCAUAGGACACAUGUAUACUGUAUGAUUCUACUGUAAAAUCAGACUUCUCAGCAAGGGAUUUAUUUUUACUCGGCAUUAUUGAUUAUUUAUUUGCAUUUUGUCUAACAGAUAGGUACAGACUGCUUAAGUGAACAUAAAACUUAGAUUAUUAUAAUUGCUUCAUCAUUUUGUUAAAUUUUGGUGGCAGCAAAAUGUCUAUUAUUACAGUGUUUUGAAAUGAUUCCAUAUAUAAAUUACUAGUCGGUAGUUUGUGCUAGUGACUGGUCUGUAGUUGCAACACACGGGUUGGAGUCAAAACUCAUGAGAACUAGAUGUGUGUCCAUGGGACAUUAGUAUCCUCAUCCUCGAUUUUAUGUCACAAUAUGGUUGCAUGUUACUUGUUCGCAAUACAAGACAGUAAAUUUUUAUAUUGAUAAUGCAAAUGUGAUCAGGUUAGAAAUAACUGAAAAAUUAUUUAUAUAUUCAUUUUUGUUCUUGUUGGGGUAGAG